AUGACGGGGGUCAGAGAAGAAAAUGGUAUUAUUUUAGCGGUUGUACUCUUGGCGUUAUCUGGUGUGGUUGGUCUUACGCUGCUUGUUCUAGGAUGUGCGUUGCCAAUGUUUGGUAUUUGGUGGCCAUUGUUCGUCGUGAUCUUUUAUGUAUUGGCUCCAAUACCAUUAUCAAUAGCUCGACGAUCUCACGUUGAUAUGACUGGUACUUCAGCAUGUAUUGAGUUUGCAUUGUUCAUAACGACUGGCAUUGUCGUAUCAGCAUUUGCAUUGCCGAUGGUUCUUGCACAUGCUGGAGUAAUACCCGGCCUGUCGUAUUUUUUCGUCUUUCUCGCCAAUGUUGUUUGUUUUGGUGCGGUUUGGAUAUAUUUCAAAGUGUUCAAUGAAGAUGGCUUACACGAUAUGUCACUUUGGUGA